GUAGAGUAAGUAUUGUGUCGUAUUGUAAGAAGAGUAAGCACAAUGUAAGUAAUUAUGUGUUUUGCAAUAAAAAAGAUGUUGUAAGAUGAUGAACUCAACUAGAUAAGCCAAGAAUGACUGAUUAUUAUUAUUAGCUCACAUUUCUAGGUGUGAUGACAAAUGGAAAGAUCGCCUGGCAUCCGUCUUCAGUGUGCUCGGAUCAUUAUUAUCAUCAUCAUCAUCUUGAAAAAGCAUUCUGUUGACUCCUAUACCUGCCAUAACAGCUUCCCGGUCUUCGACCACGCCCUGUCAGGUCACGUGUUUAAGACAGUAACUAAAGACACUUUUGCUCGCUGCAUAUUUUCCUGCGAGCUGGAUCCUCAAUGUUACAGCGUCAAUUUUCAGGCUCAAAAGAAACUGUGCGAGUUCAAUCUUGGCACAGCGGAAGCAUUCCAAGCCGACUUUAAACAAAUGAAGGAAUCAGUAUACAUCACCAUGGUUGUCCGUCAGUUUAAUCCUUGCGUCAUCGCUGAGUCUUGUAAGAAUGGAGGAAGUUGCAAGCCCUAUCCCAUAACCCGAUGUAUAUGUCCCGAGGGAUUCUCGGGCACGUUAUGUGAAGCGCCCGUACCAAUGGCCAUGGGUUUAGAGAGCGGUUUUAUUGGAGACGGAGAUCUGACUGCAAAGAGCAGUAAAGCUGGUCAUGAGCCAUGGAGAGCAAGAUUACACGGUCCUUCCUGCUGGAUGCCUGACCAUGAUGAUAAAAACCAGUUCUUUACAGUUUAUCUGCGAGACAAAAUCAACCUGACUGCAGUAGCCACUCAAGGGGCAGCGUACGAGGCCUGUUGGAUUACAGUUUACACUCUGGAAGUCUUACAUGCCACGUGGUAUAAAUACACGGAAGACAACGUAGAAAAAUCAUUCAUUGGGAACACAGAUGAAAGUUCUGUUGUGAGACAUGACCUGGAGCCAUUUGAAGUGUCAGUUGUGAGGUUGUACCCAAGUGAUUGGCAUCUAUGUAUCGCCUUACGAAUGGAGCUGUAUGGGACUAGAACAUAACCAUUCAAGUAUAAUGGAAAUUAAAUCGAAAUUCAAAUAUUAAAAUUAAACUAAAAACAAUGAUAAAGCCAUGUUAUGAUUAUAGAAAGCACUGUUAAUAUAAAUUCGUGUUUAUUCACCCUUGUUCGUUUAUUAGUUAGUUAUUUUUUUUGCAGUCCUACCGGUCUACUUCAAUCAAGUUGAUUUCUAGUCUCUUCCAGGCGUUGUGCCUUUAUUCUCUCUGCCAUUUUUCGCGCUGCGCCCCAACUAACUGAACGCCUGGAAGGAGUUAACCUGGGAAAGCUAAUUAAUUUCUGGUCGUACGCGAAGUACUUAUAUAUAAGGCGGGCGUGAUCUCAUUGAACGGUAAAUUAGACAAUGUUAUAGCACUGGAAUCUACAGGAAAACUUCAAGAUCCAUCUAACCGUGUUACCAAAAUGAGAGCAUUGAAAAAUUAACGUUGCAACACCGCAAGCAACAUUGAGAAAACCUUUAUCACAAGCAGAUCAGUAAGGUUUAAAUCUUUACGACCAACCCACGAGAGCAUUAACAAGCGAUUAUUAGAGUAACAAGGGUAAUCUUCAUCACCAACAGGUCAGUGAAGAUAAUCUUUUCCACCGGAUCAAUACUGGCCACAUCCCAACCACCGACUAAGCAAUAAGAAUGAAAUUUACCACCAAAUUCGUUACCACUAACUGACCAAUAAGAAUGAUAUUUACCACAACAAAUUAAUAGAGGGUAAUUCUACCAGCAAACAGAUCAAUACCGGUAAUCUUUUGAAACAACCGAUUAAUAAGAGUUAUCUUUACCACCAAAUUAAAAAGGGUAAUCUGUGCUUCCAAUUGAUCAAAUAAGCUUCAUCCUCAAUUGGACCAAUCAGUCAGGGUCAUCCUGAUUACCAGUCGAUUGGUAAAGAGUAAUCGUUCCUUAGGGUAAUCUUUACCGGCAAGAGAUCAAUAAGUGUAAUCUUUACCACCAACAAAUCAGUAUUACAGUUAAUCUUCACCACUGAUGAGAGACAUGAGAAUACUGAGUCCUUUUUAGAAUUUUAUAAUUGUCUUAAUAGCACUUGUGAUUGAGAGGGCCGGCUUAUAAAAACUAAAAAGAAAGGUUUUACAUACGAAAAAUCAAGGCCUUUUUUGACAGAACGCAAUUUAAUAUAAAUCAAGCGGUAUUGCAAUGCAAUGCAAUAUGGAUGAUUUUAUUUUUAUAUCCUUGUUAAAAAGCAAAAUACAAGUAGAAACUUUAAAAGAUGGAUCAACGUAUUAUCUGGGGAACAAUUUUCCAUACCAAGAACAUAUUCACUUAACAAUGACAUCAACUGGUGUCGUGUUAGCUUAGACUAGGCUCGAUUUCCGCCGCUCUCUCGGGUCCGGUCACGUUCCUCUCCGAGAAGAGACAAGCACGGAAGCCUGUAAGGGCACAUUCAAGAUGCAACUUAUUUCUAAGUUCCGCAGAAGUCUUUUCGGGGGUGAAAGCGGGCUCAUUUCACGGAAGUGGCUGGUAAUCGAGCCUUACCUCAGCCCGUUUUUGACAACCUCUGCUGAAGGCUAAGAAAAUACGAAAGCCUAACCUAGAGCCGUAAUCGUGGAUAUAAAUGAACUAAAACACGGCCCAAACAUUUUUCCGUAGACUGGGCCCAUUCCCUUGUUGAUGCAGUUAUUAUAAUACAGACUCGUCAGUUUUACUUGCAACUGUACGACACGGACGCUACAGUCAUGAUCACUUAACACUUUUUGUACAAUUUCGUUGGACGGAACUACAGAGUGAAGGCCCCUUUGCGGGACCCCCUUCACCCCC